AUGAAUCAGUGGAACAGAAAAAAAUGUCUGAUUCGAGACAGUUUUUAUUCUUAUAAGAGUUUCGAGAGUGCCGUGGCCCCCAACGUGGCGCUCGCCCCUCCUCCACAGAAGAUUGUGAGCAGCACCUCCUGCACCACCAUGGUGGCCCGGGCCCCCGAGCCCCUUCCCACCUCCAUCCAGCCCCGGAAACGAAAGCUGCCCAUGGAGACUCUGGGCGUCCCGGAGACCCUGGUCCCUGCUGCCGCCCCCGAAGAUGAGAAGGAUUCCGAGGCAGACGUGAAUUCUUGCCGGAACCUGGUGCCCCCGGGGGAAGCGACAGGGGGGAGCGGGGGGGGGCACAGUGCAAAGUGGCACAGAGAAAUGUCCACAGCCACGGUGGCAUCAGGCCUCGAUGUGUCCUGGACAGCGGUGCUGGCGGAUGGCAGCGGGGAUCCUGUGCCCAAGAACCGCACAGUAUCAGUUCUGAGACAGAACAGCAGCAAGCACUAG